AUGGAGGAUAACGCCGAACUUGAAUCAUUUCGGCGGCAGUGGCGCGAGGAAGUUGCGCGCCGGACACAUCCAAGCAGAUCCAAUGUUCCACAGCUGAAGUCAUCGGUUUCUUCUGCAACCCGACCAGGAUACCUACCGCCUACACGGCAUGCGGCGUCAGAGCGGACAGUGGAGGAAGACGAGAUUGACGAAGUAACCUCGACUGAUCAGGGCGAAAUUAUCCAUGGAGUGGAACAGUUAAGCUUGGGGAAAAUCGAUGAGGAUGCUUUUCAUUCUCAGGCGCCGCGAAGAGAGCCUAGAUCUGCCUUGGAACACUUUGAACGAGCGGUGGAGAAAGAGGCCGAGGGUAGUUUGGGAGAUAGCUUGCAGCACUAUCGCAAGGCGUAUCGGCUAGAUUCCACUGUCGACAAGACAUACCGUAACAAGCAUUUCGCCGCUGCUUGGAAGAAACCGGCACAUGCUGCUCCGAGUGCAUCAGCUACAGUGUCGACAUUAACAACUGCGCCGGUGGCCACCCAAAGUCAAGACGAACCCGUGAUACUACCGACUCCCGAGCUCAUCGCGUCUUUUGCCCAUCUUCCCAUCCCGCAGGCUGAACCCGAGGUAGAGAAUACUCCCCCGCCGCCAUGUCCAAUCGCCAAUAUUCCGUCCGAGGUGCUGGUCGAAAUACUUCGGCAUGUCGCGUUGAUGGACCCUGCUUCGUUUUGCCAUGUAUCGCUGGUUUGCAAACGUCUGGCCUAUCAUUUCACGCAUGAGCAACAAAUCUGGAGGCGACUUUGUCAGGGUGCGGAAUUCGGCUUCAAGUCCAUGCACUACUCGUUUGCCUGCGAUAUCCACGGCAACCCGGAAUAUACUCUGGGACAGCGCUAUACGCCCUUCCCGUUUUCUGUUCCCGUAGAGAUCCCGACGCCGCUGUCUUCAUGGAGUCAAGUCUUUCAGACGUUCCCGCGGAUUCGUUUCACUGGCGUCUACAUAAGCACGGUGAACUACACUCGUCCUGGUGCUGCUUCUGCAUAUCAGAACAUAUCAUGGAACAGUCCCAUCCAUAUCGUCACCUACUAUCGAUACUUAAGGUUCUACCAGGACGGAUCAGUCAUUUCAAUUCUGACCACGGUGGAGCCGCUGAACGUGGUUCCCCAUAUUAGUAAAGAGAAUGUGAUGGCAGCACGAGCUACAAUGUCACACCGGCACCAUAAACGCCAGACCUCCGAUCCGGGCGUUACAUUAGCUGGGGCUUCAGAUCCAAUACCUCCACUCGCCAUGUCAGCCCUGAAAGAGGCUCGACGAGGACGUUGGCAUUUGACCAAACCACUGACCGCUUCGGCAUCAUCCGAAGAGGAAAGUCACCAACAGCCAGUUCCUGAUUAUCCUUCCUUACCAGGCAAGACCGCAGCGGCUCCUGCGCCGGAUCCCAGGGAUGUGGUUGUUGAAACCGAAGGUGUGGGCUCCAAAUACGCUUACACGCUGCAUCUGUCCCUCCGGUCAUCCUCCGCAGGCUCUAAACCAGCUGGCCCCCACAUCACGCCUCCUAAUCCAUCGAAGAAUACGAAGUUAGUGUGGAAGGGCUUCUGGAGCUACAACAAGCUGACGGACGACUGGGCUGAGUUCGGCCUCCGAAACGAUCGGGCGUUCGUAUUCCGACGGGUUCGCGGUUGGGGUAUGAGCUGA